AUGGCGCAGGACAGCGAGAAGCCCACCGCCGCCGACAAGGGCAAGGGCAAAGCCGUGGAGGACAACAAGAAGGACAAGUCUCAAGUCAACGGCAAGAAGGAAGAUGAGAAGAUUAUCGACUCCGCGGAGGAGCUCAGCGAAGAGGACCAACAACUCAAGAACGAGCUGGACAUGCUUGUCGAGCGCCUGACGGAAUCCGACGCCUCCCUCUACAAGCCGGCCCUGGAGGCCAUGAAGAACUUCAUCAAGACUUCGACCUCUUCAAUGACGGCCGUUCCCAAACCCCUCAAAUUCCUUAGACCACACUAUGAGACAAUGACAAAACUGUACGAGGACUGGCCGGAGGGAGACAACAAGACCUCGCUGGCGGACGUCUUGUCAGUAAUUGGUAUGACGUAUUCGGACGAAGACCGACAAGACACCCUCAAGUACCGCCUGCUUGCGCCGUCAUCCGAUAUUGGUUCUUGGGGUCAUGAAUACGUCCGGCAUCUGGCCCUUGAGAUUGGCGAGGUCUACGGAAAGAGGAUAAACGCCGACGAGCCCACCAAGGACUUGGUGGAUCUCGCCUUGAUUCUCAUUCCACUGUUUCUUCAGAGCAAUGCUGAGGCUGAUGCUGUGGACCUGAUGAGCGAGCUUGAGAUUAUCGACCAGAUCCCUAAUUACCUGGACGAGAACACCUACGGCCGUGUGUGUCUGUACAUGGUCAGCAUGGUCAACCUGUUGACUUACCCCGACAACGAACUCUUCCUGAAGACUGCACACGACAUUUACCUGAAGUACAAGCAGUACACUCAGGCGAUGACGUUGGCCAUCCGGCUGAACGAUAUUGACCUCAUCAAGGACGACUUCGAGAAGGCCGGUGACCCCGCUCUCAAGAAGCAGCUUGCUUUCUUGGUUGCGCGCCAACGGAUUGUGCUGGACGUCCCCACUGAGGAUGGCGAUAAUGCCAUCGUGGAAUGCCUGUCAAACCUCAAGCUUUCCGACCAUUUCAAGUCGCUGGGUAAGGAGCUUAACAUCCUCGACCCAAAGACGACGGAAGACAUCUAUAAGAGCCAUCUGGAGAGCAGUCGGGUUGCUGGCAUGACCAACCUCGACUCUGCCCGUCACAACUUGGCCGCUGCGUUCGUGAACGCAUUCGUCAACGCUGGCUUUGGAAACGACAAGAUGAUGCUCGUUGAGCAGGACAAGGAGAGCUGGGUGUGGAAGACGAAGAGCGACGGCAUGAUGUCGACUGUGGCCUCUUUGGGUACUCUGCUGUUGUGGGACGUCGAAGCCGGCCUUGAUAAGAUUGACAAGUACACUUAUGCUGCUGAGCCCGAGAUCCUGGCCGGUUCUAUGCUUGCUAUCGGUAUCAUGAACUCCGGAGCUCGUGUCGACUCUGAGCCUGCCUUGGCUCUUCUGGGUGAUGAGGACAAGCUGCACCACAAGAACCCCCUUGUCCGAACUGCUAGCAUCAUGGGCUUGGGUCUUUCAUACGCAGGCUCCAACAACGAGAUGCUGCUGGAGCUUCUCUUGCCCAUCAUUACUGAUUCAUCUCAGGAUAUGCAGAUUUCCGCUAUGGCCGCCCUGUCCUGCGGUCUCAUCUUUGUCGGCUCUUCCAACCCCGAGGUCAGCGAGGCAAUCGUCACAACCUUGCUGGACGAUGAGCGCAAGAACCAGCUCACUGACAAGUGGACCCGCUUCCUUGCCCUUGGUCUUGGUCUGCUCUUUUUCGGUCGUCAAGAGGAGGUUGACGUCAUUCUGGAGACCCUCAAGGCUGUCGACCACCCAAUGGCUAAGCCGACCGCUGUCCUGGCUGAGAUCUGCGCUUGGGCUGGUACUGGUGCCGUCCUGAAGAUUCAGGAGCUUCUGCACAUCUGCAAUGAGCACAUUGAGGAUUCGGACGAGAAGAAGGGUGACGAGCUCCUCCAAUCUUACGCCGUGCUUGGUAUUGCGCUUGUAGCAAUGGGCGAAGAUGUUGGUCAGGAGAUGGUGCUGCGCCAGUUUGGGCAUCUCAUGCAUUACGGCGAGCCUAACAUCAGGAGAGCAGUCCCCUUGGCUAUGGGUCUCAUUAGCCCUAGCAACCCCCAAAUGAAGGUUUACGACACGCUAUCAAGAUACAGUCACGACAACGACAACGAUGUGGCUAUCAACGCCAUUUUUGCGAUGGGCCUGCUUGGUGCGGGUACCAACAACGCCAGACUGGCUCAGCUGCUCCGCCAGCUUGCCAGCUUCUACCACCGCGACCAGGAGUCCCUCUUCAUGGUGCGGAUUGCGCAGGGCUUGCUGCACAUGGGUAAGGGUACGAUGUCGGUCAACCCCUUCCACACUGACCGCAACGUCCUGUCGCGCGUGUCGGCGGCGGGUCUGUUGUCGGUGCUGGUGGCCAUGAUCGACGCAAAGCAGUUCAUCACAUCUAACUCGCACUACCUGCUCUACUUCCUGGUAACGGCGAUGCACCCUCGCUUCCUAGUCACGCUGGACGAGGACCUUAAGCCCCUCAAGGUCAACGUCCGUGUUGGUCAGGCGGUAGACGUUGUCGGCCAGGCGGGUCGGCCCAAGACGAUUACGGGUUGGCAAACACAGAGUACACCAGUCGUCCUGGCGUACGGUGAGCGAGCUGAGCUUGAGGACGAGCAGUACAUCAGCUUGAACAGCACGCUAGAGGGACUGGUUAUUCUCAAGAAGAACCCCAAUUGGGAGGAGGACAAAUAG